GCUUUUCUUAUUGUGAGUUCUUCAAUAAUGGCUAUAACUGAGGAUUCCCCAAUGGAUCAAAACCCCACAUCCCAAAGACAGGCAUCGUUUCUACGACACUACCCUCCUGAUUUCCCAAGAAAGGUGUUUGCAGAGAUCAUAGCAACCUACUUGCUGGUUUUCGUGACGUGUGGAUCUGCUGCCAUUAGUUCCGUCGACGAACGCAAAAUCAGGCUCGGAGCUUCCGUUGCCGGCGGGCUUAUCGUGACGGGAAUGAUCUACGCAGUUGGUCAUGUUUCUGGUGCACACAUGAACCCGGCUGUUACCAUUGCAUUUGCUGCUGUCAGACAUUUUCCCUGGAAACAGGUCCCAGUUUAUGGUGCAGCUCAACUAACAGGAGCCAUUUCUGCAUCAUUCACACUUCGUGUAUUAUUACAUCCAAUAAAACAUGUUGGCACCACAUCACCAUCUGGUUCAGAUUUGCAAGCUCUGAUCAUGGAAAUAGUUGUCACCUUCUCAAUGAUGUUUAUCACUUCAGCUGUGGCCACUGAUUCUAAAGCUAUAGGGGAGCUAGCAGGCAUAGCAGUGGGUUCAGCUGUCUGCAUAACUUCAAUCUUAGCCGGACCAGUAUCGGGAGGAUCGAUGAACCCGGCGAGGACGAUCGGACCAGCGUUAGCCAGUGAUCAGUACAAGGGAAUAUGGAUAUACAUGGUUGGACCAGUGACGGGGACGUUGAUGGGGGCGUGGUGUUACAAUCUGAUUCGUAUGACGGACAAUGCAAUCUCUCCACGUUCCUUCUCCUUCAAACUUCGUCGGAUGGAGGAGCAAGAUGGAGAGGUUUAAGGACUUAAUUUGUUAUGUAUA